GCUUCUGAUUUUGUAACAGUUUGUAAUAAUGAAAAAUGCUCAGUCUGAGCUUAGCUAUAAAGUGGAGCUUCCAUAGUUAGUUAGCUACACUUCUUAAUUGGAUCUGUCAUGGAGAAGGAAGCAAUCGUUGAUUAUCCCGAGUCUUAUGGCUCCGUCAGUGCUGCUAGGCCCACUGGAGCAGAUGGAGAGAAGCAGGCCGCAGUGUCCUUAUCUUUUCAUGAUGUUAGCUAUGCUGUUACCAGUGGGGUCUUUAAAAAGACCACCAAAGUCAUACUUAACAAUUUAACUGGUGUUAUGAGGCCAGGCCUUAAUGCUAUAAUGGGACCAACUGGUAGUGGAAAAACAAGUCUGUUAGAUGUACUAGCUGACAGGAAGUCAAAAGGUGGUCUAACUGGUAUUGUGUUAGUUAAUGGACGGCCACAACCAAAAUACUUCAAGUGUAUGAGUGGAUACGUUGUACAGGAUGAUGUCAUCAUGGGUACUCUCUCUGUCCGUGAGAACUUGUACUUCUCAGCUGCUCUGAGACUACCCAAUAGUAUGAAGUGGGCGGAGAAGAAGAGACGAGUAGAGAAAGUUAUCGGAGAGCUAGGACUAACUGGAUGUGCUGAUACUAAAGUUGGUACUGAAUUCAUUCGUGGUGUCAGUGGAGGAGAGAGGAAGAGGACUAACAUUGGUAUGGAGCUGAUAAUAGAACCACAAGUAUUGUUCCUUGAUGAACCAANCACUGGACUGGAUGCAUUCACUGCUGUAGCUGUAGUACAACUGCUUAGGAAGUAAA